AUGGCGGAUUUAAACGAUUCUUAUCACUUUGGCGCCUCAAACGGUCUCAUGAUUGACGAUCUCCUCGUCGAACUUCAAGAAAACGAUCCCGUAGGCGACCAGGGACUCGGAGUCCUCUACAGAGGCAACAACUUCAAGAAAAGUAUGGUCCAUGUCUUCGAGGUGUUCGACACUACACAGAAACAGAUUCUCUGGGUCUGGUUUCGUCACGUGGAUAAAUUCCAAGAGAGUGAAUUGGUGGACAUUAACAAGAUCACGAAAGACGAUGAAUCUACGGCAUUGCUUGUGCAUUGGGAAGCGAGAUGGAAGAAGAUUGCAUUCGCGGGAUUGGAAUCCAAGGCAACGCCUGAAGGUGAAGUUUUGGAACCAAAUUUCGGGACAAAGGAGGGAUUCCAGGCCAAACUGAACGAGAUACCGGAGCUGGGGCACGUUGAAGUCUUGGACACAAGGCAGGAUAUUGCGACCGGCAUCUAUUUGGCUAUCGUAUCUGUCACAAAAUAA